AUGUCUUCCAAAGUUCGUCCAAUUAUUCCACCAAAGCCAGCAAGGCUUUCUAUAAGUUCACAAAAACGAGAUACUACUUAUUCAACGAAUUCAACAAGUUCAACAAAACGGGAUACUUCUUAUUCAAUGGACUCAACACAUUCAACUUCUACAACUUAUUCGCAAGAGCAAUUGACAGAGUCACCCCCAGCUUCGCCAGUAACACCCAACGGGAACCUUGAAGAAACUGUAAAUGAUAGAACUCCAAGAGCUUCUGAAGUUUUUCCCCCGCCGCCAACUGGUCGUCAGGCUAGAGCUUUAUAUGACUUUGAGGGUGAAGCCUCUUAUCGAGAACUGUCUUUUAAAGCUGGUGACGUUCUUAAUGUUAUAAAAGAACGCCUUGCUGAAGGAUGGUCGUUGGCUGAAAGGAAUGGUAUAACAGGACUUGUUCCUGAAGCUUAUAUAACAUAUACUACUGAAUUCACUGGACUUCCUAAUGCAACGCUUUCCCCUACUUGUUCUUACAUAUCUGAAGAUUCCGUAACUUCAUCUACUGCAUUGUCAUCUAAUGGUCUUCGUAGCAGUACUAUGUUGGGCAGAAGACAAUUGAAUCGAUUUAGCUGGUUUGUCACUACGGGUGUUGAGGAAUUUAUUUUAAAUGGUGGAGAGCUAAUAGAUAAUAUUAGUCCUGCCCAUGGAUUGAAAGAAGGUAGCGAAGAUGAUGAAAUUACAGAAUCAGAUAAACAUUUUAUUCAGAGUGGUCCAAGUUGGCAAGAGAAAGCACCUAUUUUCAAAGUCUUAAUCCAUCAUCCAGAGAAGCGAGUAAAGCUCGGUGGCGUAUCCGAGUACACAAUAUUUCACGUCACAUCAUCGUUUGCGAACGGCGUUCAAGUUACUGUUGAAAGAAGAUUCAGUCACUUCGAAUGGCUAUAUAACUGCUUAUCUGCUAAAUUCGGUGCGCUUAUCAUUCCAUCCCUACCAGAAAAACAAUAUUCUGGACGUUUCAAAGAGGGAUUUAUAGAAAAACGUCGUCGUGCGUUGGAGAGAUUUAUCAAUCGUCUGGCUCGUCACCCCGUUAUUCGAUAUUCAGAUUUAUUAACUCAUUUCUUGAGUUGUGAAGACGAAUCG